CGCGCAGUGCGCCUGGACAUAUACGUGUGUAUGUGUGUGCGUGCAGUUUGGUCUGCGCGCGCGCAACCCGGGUGGUGGGAGGGAGAGCGGCUGGAGAGAGUGCGUGUUGGUGGGGAAGAGUCGGCGCUGGCAGGCAGGAUGCGCUGAGCAUUACCCAGUUGCCAUAGAAACCAACAGAAGGAGGUGGGCGGCCGGUCGAGGAGGGGGAGCGAUUUGCCCGCAGUCGUCGCGAAGCUGCUGCUGGAGUCGGAGCUUCGCCAGAGGAAGCAAACCUCGCGCCCUCGCCGCGGUUCAGGUGGGAGAGGAAUUUGAACUCCCUUUCCUCCCCCGCCCUCGUGUGCGCGCGCGCGCGCACACACACACACACAGCAACACACAGACACCGCUGUGGCUCCUGAGCCUUUCUCGAGGGGUCUUGCAAGGGAGCCUUCCCGGGCAGUCUGCUAAGCCUCCCGCGCUAAGCAGCGGCCGGAACUGCACAGAUCAUCUGGAAAGUCUGUCUUGAGGGCAACCCAGGAGAAAUAACAGGGCUAACAAAAUUAGAUGAUCAUCACUCCAGCCAUGACUCUAUUCCACUGUUUCACAGUGGAUUGCCAAUAGACCUUCAGCAGCCAUGAACUACAGUUUGACGGUGGAAUGGUCUCCCUUGGAUGUGCAUGAGGUCUGCAGAGUGGCUGAACAUUUUGCCAUAAACCAUGUCAGGCUCCUAUGAUGAGUCUGCGGCAUCUGCUGAGGAAAUAACUGACAGUUUCUGGGAGGUAGGGAACUACAAACGGACGGUGAAACGGAUUGAUGAUGGUUAUCGGCUGUGCAAUGACCUGAUGAACUGUGUCCAUGAGCGGGCCAAGAUUGAGAAAGCAUAUUCCCAGCAGCUGGUCGAUUGGUCCAAACGGUGGAGGCAGCUAAUAGAGAAAGGCCCACAGUACGGCAGUUUGGAGAAAGCGUGGAUGGCCAUAAUGACAGAGGCGGACAAGGUGAGCGAGCUGCAUCAGGAAGUGAAGAAUAGCUUGUUGAACGACGACUUCGAGAAGGUGAAGAACUGGCAGAAGGAUGCCUUCCACAAACAGAUCAUGGGAGGCUUCAAGGAGGCCAAGGAAGCAGAGGAUGGUUUUCGGAAAGCACAGAAACCCUGGGCCAAGAAGAUGAAGGAGCUGGAAACAGCCAAGAAAGCGUAUCACCUGGCAUGCAAAGAGGAGAAGCUUGCCAUGACCCGAGAAGCCAACAGCAAAGCUGAGCAGUCCAUCACUCCAGAUCAGCAAAAGAAGCUGCAAGACAAAGUGGAAAAAUGCAAGCAGGAUGUGCAAAAGACCCAGGAGAAGUAUGAAAAGGUGGUGGAUGAGCUUAGUAAGUCUACCCCACAGUACAUGGAAAGUAUGGAGCAGGUCUUUGAGCAAUGCCAGCAAUUCGAAGAGAAGAGACUCAUCUUCCUGAAGGAGGUGCUGUUGGACAUCAAGCGGCACCUGAACCUGGCAGAGAACAACAGCAGUUAUGCUAAGGUGUACCGUGAGCUGGAGCAGACCAUCCGUGCAGCCGAUGCGCAAGACGACCUACGGUGGUUCCGCAACACUAGUGGCCCAGGAAUGCCCAUGAACUGGCCUCAGGUAGAGGAGUGGAACCCAGAUGCAGCAGCACAACCAGUAGCAAGGAAAGAGAAACCUCCCAAAAAGAAUGAAACAAGCAACUCAUCCAAUGCCAGUGGGGGUGGGGAGGCAGCAGCACAAGCUGGGGACCGCGGCAGCGUGAGCAGCUAUGAACGUAGCCAAGCCUACGCUGCCGAGUGGUCAGACGAUGAUGGCGGCAACACCUACAACUCCAGCGAAGCCAAUGGUGGUGCCAACUCCUUUGAGGAAGAGCCAGUUGCGAAAGGCGUGCGUGUACGAGCUCUGUAUGACUAUGACGGGCAGGAGCAGGACGAGCUGAGUUUCAAAGCAGGUGAUGAAUUAACCAAAUUAGGUGAAGAAGACGAACAAGGCUGGUGCAAAGGGCGUCUGGACAACGGGCAACUGGGUCUUUAUCCAGCUAACUACGUGGAGUCUAUCUAGUUUUAUCGUGUUCUCCUCACUGCUGUCAGAAAAACAAACCAACCCGCUGUCAUCGCCUAUCUCUCUAUUCCAGCCAAGUAGCCAUCUUGCCGUCCCGUCACCCACGCAGCACAGUUAGAAAUAUCCAAACAUAUUUUCCGACCGAUCUUAUUUUUUUAAUAGACAUUUCUGAAGAGUAUUUUGUGAUGGCUUUAAUCUUUUUAUUUUCUUCCUUUCUGUUUGAGAUAAUGAGAUACGAAAAGGUCGACACUGUCUCUGGAGGGCUUCCUUAAUAAGUGAAAGUCAGGACCUCAAGCCCUUAAAACCUGACCAACAAGGCUUCUGAUUGGUUGGUUUUUAAGGUUAAUGUAUUUGUGAUCUACCCUGCAAUUGGCCUGAAAAAUUAUGAAAUGCUGGGGCCAUUAAAUCCACUUCACCCUCUCUGAAUAGAUUGAACAAGUAAAAAAUAGAGAGGAUUUGUUAUUUGAUUUGUUAUUCCUGUCCGUUUCCCUUCUGCAUUUUCUUUCUUGCCUAUUCCCGUUUUGAAAAGCAACAAGACAACUGUCUUCUGCAAAAAGCCUCAGUCAGUGUUCUUGCACAGUAAUAUUCUACUAGUCAACUGAUCAUCCUGAGCCAUUGCAUUUGCUGAAGUUAUUGUAUGCAUAUGCUAUUUAAAUCAAAGGGUUCACCACGCAGAGCCCCAAGAUCCCAUUUCCCCCAUAUAUUUGGAGCAUGAUAAGGCUUCUCCUUCUGCUGACUGGAGACAUACUGAAACUUUGAGCUCAAGAUGGACACCCUAUGCAAAUAAUUCAAGUAUCACUUGCUCCUUUCUCCCAGUUUCUUUUACUGAACUUGGGCUCCAUUAUGUGCUGUUUCCAUUCUGAGAGGUAUCUAUUGAAGCAGGAAAAACAAUGAGAUGCAAACCUGUUGAAGCUAAUAUAGGCUGCCUGUAUAAUCAGACAGACCACCAGGCACUCUUUGACAGAUAAAUUCAUUGUUGUGAUAUGGUCCGAAAACCUUGCUUGAAAGUGAUGAUUUGCCACAGUUUUCAUUCUUAAACAAGAUUGCCCUUUCAGUUUCUACAGGAUGCCUUUGGAAACAUAUACUUGAUUGGAAUCCAAGCCUUUAGCUAUGGAGAAUAUAACAACAACUGCCCAGAUGUUGACUGGAAAUUUCAUAGUGUGAACAGGGUUAAGUUCGCCAAAGUGAGGUGGGAGGCUGCAUCUCUGUAUCAACUGGGGCGGGAAAACCUACGUAAUUAAUGAUUAAGGAAACAGGAAGUUGUCAAUGUGAUGUCAUGCAACAUAUGACGUAGAAGGCGUUCAGCAGAUGAGAUGUGUGGCUAGUAAUAGAUGCCAACGCUGGUGCCAGGAAGAAGUAUCCUUAAAGUAUUGGAAAGUCCAGUUGGAUUUCUGUGCACAUUGUGAUAUUAGCAGCAAUUGUGUCUGAUUUUGUGCAUUGAUUUUGAACAGUUUGGAGCCAUGGAAGCAGUCAGCUGACCCAAGGAUAGCAGAAAAGAUAACCAAGACUGCUGAGAAAAGUUUGUUCUAAAGUGAGGUGCUUUGUCCCUUUCUCAGGCAGUAUAAGAAGACUGCCUGAAUCCCAGAUAAAGCGCCAAAUCCAUGUUGAAGCUCCCUCCUGUUUGGAAAAAGUAUUCAUGCCACAGAAGUGGAAGGAAGGAGUUUGAGGGCUGGCUAGGAUGUGUCAGCUGAAGUUCUGUGUUUCCUUCCUGGGCCUGAAGUUAGCACUUCAGCUCUUUGAGCUGAGGACAGUAUGAAUGGAUGCCUAGAGUUUAGAUUAAAUGUAAUCCCAAACACUUAAAGGUCCACGUCAGCAGUGAAGGUGUGUUUGGUUUGCUUCAGCCUCCAGAAGUAUUCUGUGUUCAUACUGGAAAUGAGAAAUUAGUUGGUUGGGAUAGCUAUGUACCUCAUAGAUUAAGGAAACUGGUAAGAAGUUAGCAUGCUCCUAGACCAGGGGUGGAGAACGUGAGACCCAAGUACCAAGCCUCCCAGGCCUCUCUGUCUGUCCCUCAGAACUCUCCUCACGCCACACACCCUCCCUGGCCCUGCUUUUCACUUGAGUCGUUUUCCCUGGCUGGAGUGUGCUCUUGAACUCCGAUAGUGUCUCCUGCUUAUCAAUAUGGAGAAUAAAAUUGGUGUGCAUAGAAACUAGCCUACUGUACAAAGGUAAACUCUACAUUUGUCACUCUGCCCACUUUUACCUGUGGCAUGCGACCCUCGGAAAGUUGUCCAGAAAGAAUGCAGACUUCAGGCACGAACAGGUUCCCCACCUGCAUUCUAGAUCAAAGGGAAGUGACAUUUCCCUACCUUUCCCCAUCCAAAUCCCUCACAGUUGGCACAAGAGAACCACCUAUCUAGAGCUGAAGAAGCUAUCAUAGGAAAAAUUAGCAUAGGAUGACAGUUUCUUUCAGUCAUUGCUCUGUUUGGCCAAAGAUAUCAUUGAACAGGGAUCUAAACUUUAUGAUUCAGGAACCCUUUGGUGCCAGUAAAUGAGGAUCCUUCAUUAUUUUUAAGUUCUCUAGCAUGCUUAAUAAGUUGAAUCUUCUAGCAAGCCUUUGUCCUGUCUGAGAACAUGAGUUUGAGCCCUACAAGGAUCACUAAAGAAACAAUAUAUUUUGUACCACCUAGAUAUUGGUUAACUGACUUUGGAUGUAUCCCUGCAAGCAUAGGUGAGGCCACCAUUUCCUCUAUAGGUGAUUUGGUGUAAAAUUCAUCACUAGAAAGUCACAUAGCAGAUCCAAGCAUUUCAGUGGAAAUGUCUCCAAUCAGAGUAACUAAUUUCUGGUAUUCAAUGGG